AUGGCUUUAUAUUAUUCAUUAGUCUUUGGGUUGUUAAUAGUUGAGAUGGCGUUUUUCGCUGUUUUAUCCUUACCGUUCCCAAGGAAAAUCAGAAGGAGCGUUUUGAAGUCUGCUUCUGCACCAUUCAGGAAUGAGAAGUUCCAAAUAGCUAUUAAGUGCGUACUAGGUUUUGUCCUUGUUUUAUUUAUUGACUCUGUUAACAGAGUUUAUUCAGUAAGUAGCGAGUUACAUGGCAAGAAUUCAAUGUUGCCUGGCCAAGGCACUGCUCAAAGUUUGGUUAACGACAGAUCAGAAGUGCAAGCCAGAAGAUUUUAUGCCCAAAGAAAUAUGUAUCUUUGUGGUUUUACUUUGUUUUUGACCUUAAUUUUGACUAGAACGUAUUCUUUGGUUGCAGAAUUAAUUGUGACCAAAGACAAAUUAGAUAACUUACAGAAAGAUGGUGGUGAUGACUCCAGUAGUCCACAGAUUGAAAAGUUGAAGAAGGAAUUGGCUUCUAAAGAUGAGGAAUUGGAGAAUUUGAAGGAACAAGGCAAGAGUUUAUCAAAGGACUACGACUCUGCUACUACUACUGUAAAGUCGAGGAAAUCUUAA